UCAAAUCCCAGUGCAGAUAUUACAACUUCUCAAGCAUUUCCUACACAAAUUCAAGAACUUAAUUGUUGCAAUGGCACAAAGGAUGGAGAUGAGUUUGGUCCUUGUCCUGGUGACCAUGUUCUUGGCGAAAGCAGCAGCACAAUCUAGUUGUACCAAUGUGAUCAUCAGUAUGUCACCUUGCCUCAAUUACAUUACUGGCAACUCCUCAACCCCUUCUUCAGGAUGCUGCUCACAGCUUGCUAGCGUUGUCCGCUCCUCUCCACAGUGCUUGUGUGAGGUCCUUAACGGCGGUGGCUCAUCACUCGGGAUCAAUGUCAAUCAAACUCAGGCUCUGGCAUUACCAGGUGCUUGCAAUGUUCAGACUCCACCCCUCAGCCAGUGUAACGCUGCUUCUCCAGCUGACUCUCCAGCAGGAACACCAGAAUCUCCGAGUGAUGGUCCUUCAGGAACUGGAUCCAAAAAUGUACCAUCAACUGAAGCUGGCUCAUCUGGAAACUCCAUCAAGUUGUCUACAACUCAACUGUUUGUUGUUCUGGCUGCAGCAUAUGCUACCCUCUCAAUGUGCUGAUUUUCUUUUAUGUUGGCCAACCUUUCGAGUUACACAUAAUGCUCUUGAUGAUUGUUAAAUGUAUUCCAUUAUUGUUUAGAAUUCAGUAUUUAGAUAUAUGCAUGUAAUUUAUUAUUCAUUGUGACCUCAAUAGAGAGGUUUAUAUAUGUUUUUGUACUACAGAAGAGGCAUCCUGCUCUCUUCCCUUUUUGAUAAUAAAGGUUUCUGGUUUCUGAGUGUACACAAGGA